UGGACGGUACGAAGUCAGCCCCCGCACAAAGAGCAUACAAUGGAGCGCAGAUUAGCUUGGCUGUUAGCUGCAGGCGUCGUGCAGGCCGGUGUCCAAUCCACUGAGCAGAGCUGAGCAGAGCAAUUCCGCAUUUGUACGCGCACUCACAGUUCGCCUUCGAUGCCAGACGGACGUACAGCAGCACCACAGCAGGAGGAGACGGCGGCGGCAGGAGAGGAGCCGGCGACAGGCAAAAGGUACGCGAUACUCGACUGCGAUGGCGGCAGCGACGAUGCCUGGGCCCUGUUGCUGCUGUUGCACGCAGAGCGCAGCCAGCUGGUGAAGCUCCUGGCUGUGACCACCAUCGGGUGCGGCAACACCACCCGCGAGCAUGCCGCGCGCAACAUGCGACGCAUCCUAAACGCCUGCGACAGACAAGAUGUGCCCAUCUAUCUGGGGGCCGUGGAGCCCCUGAUUAGCUGCAGCGAAGAUGACAAGAAGUAUUUCCAUGGACGCGACGGCUUCGGCGACUGCUUGGCGGCGUGUGACAGCGAGGAGUCGCUGGAGAGCCUCGUGCAGCCGGAGCAUGCGGUGACCGCCAUUUACGAGCUGUGCCGCAAGCGACCCAAACAGAUCACCGUGUUCGCGGUGGGGCCGCUGACAAAUCUGGCCCUCGGCUACACCAUGUACGGUGAGGAGUUCGGCCAGCAGCUGAGGGACCUCUACAUUAUGGGCGGCAACUAUCAAGGCGUGGGCAACUCCUCGCGCUCCGCCGAGUUUAACUUCCAUUCCGAUCCGGAGGCCGCGCAUGCCGUGCUGCUCAAGACACACUGUCCGAUCACCAUUCUGCCCUGGGAGCCCUGUCUUCCAGAGCGUUUCAACAUACACAUUAACUGGCGCCUGGAGGAGUUCGCGGUGAGGGCGGCGUCCGUCCAGCAUUCGGCCAUCACUCUGCUGAACCGCGUGGAGAGCGCCCAGUGGCUGCCCAUGAUCGAACAGUAUGGGAUCGACACUUGGAAUCCCUGCGAUGCCAUUGUGGUGGCCGUUUGGCUGUUCGAGGACCGGCUGGUGCGGAAGCAAAGUACGUGGCAUGCCACAGUUGAUCUGCGGGGCACGCAUACGCGCGGCCAGAUGGUGCUCGAUCAUCUGCGUGAGCGGGAAAAGUAUCCGGAGAAUGUGCGCAUCAUCGAGCUGGUGGACUCGGAGUUCUUCAAGCGGAUUGUCGAGUGGGUGGCGGGGCUGGAUGGUGGCGAAUUCCGUCCGAAUAAAUAAUAAUACGAGUAGCACAUCAAAUAAACCCAUUAAAAUGCACAAAUAGCGUAUCUCAAGUCGC